UCGACAUGUGGUCAGGACUCUUCAUGUUGCUCGUCUUGAGCACCAUCAUGACGGUCGCUUCCUUUCUCGCUGGAUCCUUACCACUAUCCUUCUCCCUCUCUCAACGCCAGCUUCGAUUGACGACAGCAAUUGGUACCGGUGUCCUCGUAGGGACCGCCCUCAUCGUCAUCAUUCCGGAGGGCAUUGAAACAUUGUACAGUGCCCGCGAGGUCGGAGGCCACACGCACGCAACACGAUCACUCUCCUCAGAGCCCAGAAGUCACAACGAACUGAAUGGUCUGUCCCCUCUCGACCUGUCACGUCGAGACUAUCCAUCUGUCGGUUUGCAUACUAGAGAUACAGACUUGACUGGACCCGACGAUGGACGCCCAGAGGAUGGACAACCCCUUCAGCAAGAGCCUUCUCACAAAGCAGAAGAACACAAAUCAGAGGACCACGAUGAUUGGGAGCCGCAUGCCUGGAUCGGUGUUUCUCUAGUCUCGGGCUUUGUCUUGAUGUACCUGAUCGACCAACUGCCUCGUCAUGCGGCAGCUUCGUCCCAACCACAGAGAUUCCAUAUAGCACUGGAUCGCUUCAACCUUCAGAGAUCUACAAACCAACCUUCCGAGGCAGAAGAUCCAGAUGGUCCACCACCCGAUCCUAUGCAGCAAUCACGCCCUUCCUCAACCACUGUGGGUCUGGUCAUCCAUGCUGCCGCAGAUGGUAUCGCUCUUGGAGCCUCGUCAACUGCUUCGUCGCGAAGACUAGGGUUCAUCGUCUUUGUGGCCUUGAUGAUACACAAGGCUCCUGCAGCGUUUGGUUUGACUUCGGCGUUGCUCAAACAAGGCCUUUCCAAGAGAAGAGCACGAAACCAUCUUGUUGUGUUCAGCUUGGCUGCACCGAUCGGCGCCUUGUUGACCUGGGCUCUUGUCAACAUAUUCGAAGGAGGCAUUGGCCAGAACGAACAUGGCACUCGUUUCUUCACCGGUUUGCUGUUGUUGUUUUCGGGGGUACCUUCUUCAAUGCAUGCCAUGCAAGACACAAAACACGGCCACGACAUGGGAAAUGCCAGUCCUAACGGCUAUGGCGACUCGAAUGUGUACGAUGGCUACCAGCCCACAUCGAACAAACAUGAGAGUCCUGUGCUCAGUGACACGCUGGCUGUAGUAGGUGGGAUGUUGCUUCCGCUCUUGACACAGGUAUUUGGACAUGGCCAU